CUGUUUCCUGUUUCAGGUGCGUUCUAUUGUAACUAGCUAGGUUUGCACAUAUCCAGUAUGCGACUUUUCCCCGUUUCGACAUUAAAGGUUUCCUAGGCACUUAGCUAAUGUCAUAUGAACACCUGUAAACUAUCCCAGUCGAUUUGUUGGAUGCUUCCACGACGUUAAGAUACACAUUUGAAUUGUCAAGCGAACGAAAGCAUUUUAUACGUGGUGGUGUUUGCUAACUAGGCUAGCCUCAAACUGUCUAAAAGAGACCAAGACCAAGAAGUGGAAAAGAGACUACACACAGUUAAAUUUGAAGAUGAAAUAUAUGUUCUGCUUUUUGUUAGGCUGAGGAACUCCAGAAAAACAUUCAUUGUCAAGAGUUGGAAUAUUUUACUUGUUGCAUUCCUCGACUAAACAAUAGUCUUUACCCUGCAAUUUUAGCUGGCCAUGUACUUUUAGAAAGAACCGUAACAUAUUAUACAUACUUGGCCAAGUAUAUUUCUGUAGACUAGGCCUACUAAACUAGCCAUUAGCUAAUGUCCGUAAUUCGUCCGGAUAUUAGGGAUUCUAAACUAUUUCUAUCACUUCAAAACCAAAGGUAAUAUUUUGGUAUGGUUUAUUUGUUUGACGUUAGUGUUAUAAGAGUAAAAUUAGGUGAAGAAAGGUGAAAGUCUUGGGGACGACAUGCUAGUGAGUACCCUCAUUGGAAUUUUCUCUUGGGCGUUGGUGGUUGGUUUCGAUUUAACGCCAUCAGGUUUGUCAUGUGACUCGUCCUGUGGUUCACACUUUCCCUCUUAUCAUUCCCAGUGAUCUCACGGCAAGGAGAGUUAAUUUGACUUAUCUAAUGUAACAAAACCUCCUACAAAGUCUUAAAACGGAAAUAAAUAAUAUAAAGUUAAACCCAUUAUUGCGUUCUCAAUAACUCAUUGCAGUCUCUACGUCCUUUAGUCCUUCUAAAAUCCAGACAUAAUUAAGGGCGCCAAACUAAGGGAACUGACAUGACAGCUGUAGUAGGAAGAGUUUGGGGGUGGGUGCGUCCAGUUAUCUCCUACCGGCCCUGGGGCAGCAAAGCAGGACCUGACAAAACCAUGAGGGACAAGCCAGUGGCUGAAGAGCAGCAGACGAGAGGCAGCUGGGGCUUCUUGGGGGGGUUAACAACCUGGGUUUGGGGAGCCGGACAGAAAAGACAAACAAGUGAACAAACAACAUUGAUCGAAGAGUACUGGGAAGCAAGUGAGGAGAAAAUCCAGUCCAGGGAAGUUGAAGAGCUGGGUGCGGGAAAGCAGGAGGCUGAGGGGAAAGCAGAACAUGGUGACUCCAGAUGGUGGAAUAAGAUUCUGCCACCCUCACACUUAUUCUGGCCGAGAACAGCUGAACCUGGUGGGCUAAGUCAGAGGAAAUGUGUCGGUGCAGGAUGGGACUCUGACAAAGAUGGGGAGUAUUCUGACUAUGGAACCCCUCCACCGUCUCCCACACCUAGCUCCUCAUCAGCCUUCCGGUUCUUUGCACUCGCCUGGAAUGGGGUGAUAGUUCCGGAACACUAUGAGAUCUGCUUCAACCUCCUUCGCCACCUGUUUGACCUGUUGGUGGUGGGCUUCCUGUGGAUUGUGUCCCCCCCUACCAAGUUGGUCCUGGAGGUUCUAGGGGUCCAAGGAGGACUGAAGUUGUGGCUUCAUGGAAUGGCCAUGUUUUCUGUUUCCACUGUUGGAAUGGCGGGACUGCUUUGGUUGGUCCAAGAGUAUCUUCUACAGUUUGCUCUGUUGUAUGGCAUCGUGCAAGCACUGGUCAUCUCUGUCAGCAUCCAGCAGAGUGUGAUCCUAGGAGAGGGGGAUGAGGAGUAUGAAAAGGAGGUGGAGGACGUGGAAGUGAGAGACGAUGAGGAAGUUACAGAGAUGUACUUGACUACAAAGGAAAGAUGAUCCUUGAAUGAAAGUUUGUUUUGACAAUCAUCUGACAUGGAGGGAAGAGGGAUGUUUCGAAAGCCUGACAUGCAGGGAUUGAGGGAAGUUGUUUCGAGAGCCUACCAAUGCAAAGACGAAGACGCAUGAAAAGAGCUGAGCCCAGCUGAUACUGCAAUGAGGAACGGCAGAGGCUGGAGAACUUUAGGCUAACACUUCACUACUGUGAUAUUCAGUGGUGCUGAAGCAAAGCACAUCCACUACAAUCUUGGUCGUCUAGGGCCCAGUGAUACCACUGUUGUCGUCUAGGGCCCAGUGAUACCACUGUUGUCGUCUAGGGCCCAGUGAUACCACUGUUGUCGUCUAGGGCCCAGUGACACCACCGUUGUCGUCUAGGCCCAGUGAUACCACCGUUGUCGUCUUGGGCCCAGUGAUACCACUUGUCGUCUUAGCACAGUUCUAUUGUUACAGAAUCCUGUUUCCCUCUAGUUAGACUUCUUUUACAUUCAUUUUGUUUUGUUCAGACAAACUUUUGAAUAUCUACUUGACAGAUACCAGCACCUUUUUUUUUUCUUCAAGUUUCUUUCAAAUCUUAUUCCAAGCAGAUUGUGUUGUUAGUUUUGGGACAUAAGGUUUAUUCGCCUUGUAUUUAAUUUCCUGUGCCUUAAUAUUUAAUAGUAUGCCUUAUUAUAUUAUCCCUGUCUUUCUCCAUCAUAAUCAGUGUUAAUUGCAUUGUAUGUAAACUACACAUUGAACAUGUAUUGAUCUGUUUUGUCACACGUAUGUUCCUGUUUGAAAGGUACGCUAUAGUCUUAGAAACACAACCGUUUAAAAAUAUAUAUAUUUAUCUUUAUAAUUGACCUUACAAUUGUCCAGUAGUAAGUUUUGCACAAUCACAUACAAACCAACAGUGAUGCUCAGGAACACUAAUUCUACCUGCAAGAUUUUUGUCUCGGCAUGUCACAAUCUGUAGUAGGCGUGUGUAAGAAGAGGAUUCUAACCAGUGGAGUCUGGUGGGAGGAGCUGUAGGAGGGCGGGCUCAUUGAAACGGAAUAAAUGAAACAUAUAGAAACCACGUUUGACUCCAUUCCACAAUUCCAUUUCAGCCAUUACAAUGAGCCCGUUCUCCUAGAGCUCCUCCCACUGGUUCUCACCCACAAUGCCUUUGUAUUCUAAAAGCUUUGAAGAACAUUUCUAGUUUCUACAAUGGCCUUUCCCAGAUAUUUUUGUAUUUGUAGCAUAACAUACAGCUAUCACAUCUUCAGUGAUGCAGAAAGUUAUAUGAUAUAUAUAUACUCAUUGUGUGCUGAUAAUGGGACCUGUAAACAGUGAUACCACAUCGGUGAUUCCUCUCUGCCUUUUAUCUCUCGUGUUUAAAUGUCAUGUUUUGACUUGUUACUCCACAUGUUGUUUAUAAAGAAAGAUGUCUUGUAAUGAGAAUGUGCAAUGUCUCCCCCCCCCCCCCCCCCCCCCCAAUGUCUCUCUCUCCCCCCCCCCCAAUGUCCCCCCCCCAAUGUGUCUCUUCCCCCCCCAAAAGACAAGUGGUGGAUCACUGAAUCACCGUGAUAAGGCAGCCACGUUCAGUUGAUCAAACGUUGCAGAUAGAAAUGUGACGAAUAGAGCCGCCAAGCAUUCCUUGUUCUAUGUUUCAGAGAGGCGUGUUUGUUCUACAUGUAUUUCUUAUCGUAACGUUCCACGACGGGUCAUUCUGAACGCAUCCCAUGUCAACGUUGUGUUUUGUAAAGGGAACGGAUGUUUACGGAUGUAAACCACGUGUUGAGAAAAUAAACUUUGGACCUGAUACUGUCCUAGAUGUCGAUACCCAUUACUGUACUGUAUACUGACUCAGCCUGAAAUAUUUCCACUGGGUAAAUAAAUAAAGAUUUUUUUUAUUUAAAGGUUG